AUGGGAAAGUUUGUAGAAUUAUUAGAUGUGGGGGUAAGAAUAGCUGCAAGAUUUCACUCCCGUUGUCCUCAAACUGGACGCAUCUACUAUCAUCCUCCUUCAGGUACACCUGAUCAUAUUAAUGCUCAAGACGAUCAUGAGUACUACCACCACCCCUACUACUACAAGGCUCCGAAAAAGGCCGGCGACAAGAGCAGCGCCGCCACUCAUGUUAGCAUUGUUUCGGAUGCAAAUUUGAAAACUGACACCACUAUUUGUGGUGCCAGGAAUGACUCUGGUGGUUACGAAACCACCGAGUUCAUUAUUUUUUCUGUUUCAUGA